AUGUCACCGUCAAAGUUUCUGGUGGCCAGCAACUUGUCAUCUGCGGUCGCACGGGAAGACUGCUUCAUCACUGUCUGCCAGGACCCUUUCAUUCUAGACCAAACCAGCCUUCGCUUCAAUCUCAACCCCAUAUCCAUGGUGGGAUGGCGCGGCCUCGCCGACGUCCUUAUCAUCGAUGUUCUUCAGCGGACUGGUUUAUGGUCUCACUUCAAAUCGGGCAAGUCUGAGAUUUCUCCCUCGGAGGCCAAGGACAUCCUGGAUACCUCUAUGUCAUCUCUACCUCAAAUGUCUACCGGUCAAACAAAGCUGUUUUCACUUUCAAGAGCGAUCCUCCAAAAGUCGAUUGACGCUGCUGAGGCCUCUGUGUUGAGUGGACAGCUUCUCGGAAAAAAGAUUCUUCUCCUUGAUGAGGCUACAGCUUCGCUGGAUCCCGACACCGAGACUGCCAUGAGCCGCAUCAUUCACGAAGAGUUUACCGCAAAGGGACACACGGUUAUCGCCAUAUCGCACAGACUUGGCGGCUUAGCCGAGAAUAUGCGGGAGGGCCAGGACGCGGUUGCCUUAUUGUCAAACGGGAGGAUCGACAAGAUUGGAAGUGUGCAUGAAGUGCUGGGUACUACGGCUCUGGACAGCUGA